GCGCACCCCCAACACCUCCUAAAUCCGCAGCCCCGCCGCAUAAACACUCAGGGUCCCACCACGGUCGCCAACCGUCGCAGCACUACCACCGCCCCAACUACCACACCUCCACCCAUCUAACCUUCCCCUCUACACAAUAUCUCUUUCUCUCUGUAUAUCUCUCUUUCUCUCUCUACCAAAGCUCGAAAGUUUCAGUGAUGGGGAAGCCAGGUUCACGAUCAGAAUCGUCGACCAAAGCUGGCCGGAAGUUCGAAAAGAAGCUCGAAUUUUAUGCUAAGGUUAGAGAUGCAGUUUCUUCCUUGGGUGCACAGAAGGCUAUUGUUAAGAAGAAGAAACUACGUAGUCGACAGAAGAAACUGAAAGCAUAUGAUCUCUCUUCUUUCUCAGAAUUCCUUCCGGAGUUGAAGGAAAAGCGACCCACUCCUGUUUCGGAGUUGAAGAUAAAUUGUAAAUCCAAGAAAAAGCUAGUAUUGAAGGAAGGAAAGCAGUUGACUACAGUUCUUAAUCAUCCCACUUUCAAGUCAAAUCCCUUAGCUGCCAUUCAUCAGCACUUGCAGAGUACUCGGCCAGUCGUAGAUGUCAAGCCAGUGAAAAGGAAAAACAAAAGUGGAAGCAAGAAGAGGAAAGAAAAGAAAUCUAAGGCGUCGGUCGGACCCCAAGCUAUGGAUAUGUGAGUUGAUAUUCAGACCCUCAUCGACCCAACCAUCCUGUCUCUGACUCAGUUUUGUCUAUAUAUCGUCGCGAAUGUUACAAUGUUCAAAUUUUGAAUUCGCAAUUUUGUUAGUCUUGCUGGAACUUGCAACAGAUUCUACAUUUAAACACAACAAUCUGAACCAGAUGUUAAUUGUCAUUUGUGAGCAUGUAUUUAAUCGGCAUAUACUUUAGACCGGCCGGACGGGUCAAUAAAAUUGUAUUUAGACCGGCCGGACGAGAUCUUUGUGUGACAUAAGAUGUACUUUCAUGUUUCAAAUACCAUCUUGAAUUGGUUCUGGAAAUGGUGUGCCAAAUUUUGCUUA